GUAUUGUAUUACGACGCGCUCUGACUAACACUUGCGCUACCUUCGUGAUGAAUAUUUCUCUCCGUGUGUUUUGGGUAGUUGUACUUCUGUGUGGACCUCUUGCUAGUCGAAAACACGUCCUUAAUCUAAAGAACGAUGGUCGUAAGUCAGUCUUAUGCAGUCAUUUCGGGUUUGCAAAGGAUUCAUUUCUCUCUGUUUUUAUCCAGAAACUGGAAGGUGAUUUACAAUAUAUAACUUUUACUCUGGAUAAGGCUGGGGAUUCUGGAGUAACGUCACUUAUUGAAUCCAAGUCAAAUUCUUGUUUUUGGGAUAAGUCAUUUAAAUUUAUUUAUCUCUCAUUUGACAAAUCAUCCAAAUCACUGGUGAUACACAAUUAUGAUCCAAAUUAUAAAGGUGUAAUUUUUGAAGCCUCUUCUUUAGAAAUGGAAGAGGAUGGUCAACCUGAUAUCAAACCCAUAGGUUUGAUUGACAAUAUUCAAUACGCUCUUAGCUGUUUGCGGUUGGUUACUGACCGAAGCCUCUCGUUGGCUAAAGCAAUAAAUGCCAUAAUAUUAUCUGAACCGAAACUUAUAGAAAAAGUCAAAUUUAUGAAUGUACUGGAACUUCAUCGACAACAGUAUCUUGUCUAUCAACUUCUACGUGAAGUUGCUGAAUACUCACAAAAUACUAAGGAUGAAGAGCAACAAUUCUCAGCUCGUAAAGCUAAAAAUCACAUUGAGCCAAGUGAUGAUUCACAGUUGCAAAAAGUUUUCGAAAUCAUCUUAUCUCAAAUUACUCCUUUUGGUUCAUUACAGCGGAUUCCGUACGAAAUGAAAGACAAUGUAAUAAGUGCUAAUUUUACAGUUCGUUUCUUGAAUACAUCUGAAGAAGGCUUAUAUCAUCUGUACUUUCAUAAUUGUGCUGAAUUAAAUGUAGAAUCUGGUAAACGUCAUUCAGUUAACUUAACAUUAAAAAUGGUUGAGAAGAAUGUAAACAGUUAUUUAUCUGCUGGUCAACAACCAUUGCCUAUGCUUUAUGCAAUUUCUUGUUUGGCUUAUUUGUCCCUUAGUAUUUUCUGGUUUGUUUACCUUCGCAAAUCAAAAAAUUCGGUUUAUCGAAUUCAUUAUCUCAUGUUAGCAGUUACUAUUGUCAAAUCAAUUUCACUUGGCUUUCAUAGUGUAAAUUAUUAUGUGAUUGGGAAACAUGGUGCUCAUGAAGAAAGUUGGGCUGUCAUGUAUUAUAUUACUCAUAUUAUUCGAGGUGCACUUCUGUUUAUCACUAUAUUACUGAUUGGUGCUGGUUGGGCCUUUAUCAAACAUAUGUUAACACCGCGUGAACGUAAUGUGUUCCUGAUUGUAGUACCUCUUCAAGUUUUAGCCAAUAUUGCUACUAUAAUUAUUGAAGAGUCUGAAGCUGGUGCAGCUCGUUAUGCUACAUGGAAAGAAAUUUUCAUUUUUGUCGAUUUAGCAUGUUGUGGAGCAAUUUUAUUCCCUGUUGUCUGGUCUAUUAAACUUUUGAAAGCAGCUUCUCAAACAGAUGGUAAAGCAGCUAUAAAUCUGCGUAAUCUACGGUUAUUCCGUCAUUUCUACAUUCUGGUAAAUUCGAAUGUCUUUUCACUUCCAUGAGAUGUUUAACUUACAAAUUUCAUAUACUUAUUAAGAUUCUAAAUAUUUUUUUAUUAUUGUAUAAUGAAACUAUAUUUAUAAAUGUUAGUUUGAUUUAAAUUAUUAUGAUUGUUGAGAAUUCAUACGUAGCAUUAAAUUUAAUCGAAUCCUCAACUAAUCAUCCAUUUCUAUAACAUGGAAUUUGAAAAUACAUUCGUCACUUAAAAUUUUGGUCAUUUCUAAAAUUAUUAGUUAUUUUUAUAUCAUAUUCAUCUUUUAUGAUAGUGUACAGUAGGAUAGUAUACCUAGACUAAUUAUCGUAGAAUACUGUAUGUACUUGAGCUAUGAUGGAUACCGAGUGGUUGGCUUAAAAUUAAAAAUACUCGAUUCCUAGUCAUUGAGUUGGAUUCUCGAAGUUCACCCUAUCUACUUGAUUUUAUGCCAUGGUUAAUCAAUAAUUAACUUUCACACGUAGAAGCUCAAACAAAAACUGUAUUUGAUCAUUUAAGCUAUGAAACUUUCUGUGCAUUGCGUAAUAGAAUCGACAGUGUUGGACAUUGAUCUAAUUAUUACACGUCUUAAUCUGUUAUUGUUCCACACAUGGUUCUAUGCACACAUGUGAAUUAAACAUUAUGGUUUUACAAAUUUUUGAAAAGCUUUAGCUUUGUCUACUCUUAGUACAUAUGUUCUUUAUUCUCGGCUUAGAGAUUAGCUUGUUAUAAAGAUGUAGUAGUGAUCACUGUUACAAUUCUGCGAUCUAAAUACCACUGUCUUAUAUGAGUUUUAUGUUAGUAUCUAUGUUUAUAUGAUUCGUAUGCUUUGUUUUUAUUUGCUUAUGGUUCGCCCUCAACUACCAAUGGUAAGAUUCAUUAGUGUAUAUUUCUUUGUCUUGGAAUUUUUAGUGGAUAUUUUGCAAAAUUGGUUCAUUUAAUUUGGUCAACAUCAAGUAGUAGAAACAUGGUAUUGAUUACGAUCUGGUGAUAUAUUAACAUAAAUAGUCAUCCACAUUAAACUAAGAGUCUCAAUUUAACGAGUAUUUAUUUGUCGAAGUACAACACCCUUUAACAUAAAGGAAAGUAGUUUACACUCUAUUAACAGUUUAUUAACCCAUGUGUAAGACGAUUUAUUACCUGGGGAAUGAAUUCUAAGUAAUAAAAUUGUGUGGAAUUACACUUUACAGUUCUGAAAAGGUUGAUAAUACAAACACUGAACUCUUGAGUAGUAUUGUUUUUUAAUUCAACUGUUAUGCAUACGAUUGAGUAGUAUCUUUAAUAUCCUACUGUUUCUCAUUUCACAGGUCAUUUGUUACGUGUAUUUUACACGUGUCAUUGUCUACCUGAUGACAAUCACUGUAGUCUAUUCGUAUUCAUGGCUUGUCGAAUUAUUCAAGGAAACGGUGACUUUCAUUUUCUUUAUUUCAGUUGGUUAUGAGUUUCGUCCAGUUAAUGAUAAUCCUUAUUUGCUCGUUUCUGAUGAAGAUGACGAUGAAGAUACUGUGAUGGAACGUAUGCAAAUGGAAGAUAUAUGGUCUCAGUCUGGUUUAACAGAUGGAGUGACACGAGUACAAAGAUCCCAGUCCAAGCGUAAAUCAAAUAUUCCAAUGAAAACUUAUCCAAAAAGUCAAGAUAAAGAAUCUUUACUACAAGGAGUAGAAAAUGCAUAGUUCUAUUCUAAAUAUAUGCUUCUCAAUCCUUUCCCAUCUACUAUUAUCAAUCUACACUGAAAAACAGAUAAAAAAUAAAACGAUUUUAUGUGUAUACACGUUUGUGUUGUGCUAUUACUACUACUUCUUUUGCUACCAACUAUGUGAUUUUCUUUGGUUAUCUUAUUUCUGUUUUGCAGUUUUAUAAACAUGUAUAGUAAAUAUCCAAGUGUAGAUGCGUAUGUAUGAGAAAUUCAUCCCUAUUUCCUCUCCCGCCCCAAAAAAACAUUUCUGGCACUUUUCUGAUCUUAUAUCCACUCAUGUUGUUUUCCUAACAGACAUUUUGUACACACUGAUUCUUCUUUUAUGGUUAUUGUUUUUUUUCUUCAUACAAUUAUGUUCGUGUGUACGAGGCCUUCUCUCUCUCUCUUCUGUUCUCUCAUAUAAAUAACGUUUAUCACUUCCAAACAAAUCUUUGAGAAAAAUAAACUCAUCUAUCUUGUCAUUUUUUAAAUAAAGUAUACUCAAUGCAUG